AUGAAUAUAGUGGAAUCGGCGUCUGCCGAGGAGCUUCGUGCUGUGGUCUUAGCACUAUGCAAGGACACGGCGGUCACGUCUCAGAUCGUGGGCCACAUUAAAAAGCUCAGAGCUGCCAAGGCAUAUGCACCAAAGCCCGGCGAGAAGAGGAAGGCUUCGGAUCAGGCUUUUAUAUGCGUCCGCUGCGGAGAGACUUUCAGCGAGAAAGCUAACAACUCUAAGGCUUGCACCUACCACUAUGGCAAGUGGGAGAUGGAGGUUUGCGACGACGAGGAGAAUGACUUUUGGGCCGACCAUGACGAGGAUUGCCACGGACUCAUAGACACAAAAGAGAUGCGAGAGGAGUACCCUGAAGGUUUCACCUGGGAUUGUUGUUACCAGGUUGGCACGGCGCCUGGGUGCACUAAGGGACAUUACUACGCUAUUAAGGGCAAGAGGAUGAAGAUCAACACAGACGAAGGCUCUGUUCUUCACGAAAACAGUAACUAG